AUGGAAGACUUGAAUACACAAGAAAUUGAAUCUCCCUCUUCAAAAGCUUUAGGUGUAGCUGAAAACAAGCUUAAUACCUCCAUAUCGAAUUUGAAUUCAGACAUUAGGUUUAAGGAACAGUCAAGAGACGCGUCUUUUGCUUCGAAAAUCCCUAUAAAUGAGUUAUCAGAGAGUACACUAAAUAAGCAACCUUCAACAAACAUUAACUUGACCCAAAAUGAUAGUUUGGCAAAAGUGAUGCAUAACUUCGAAAAUAAAGAAGAAUUAAAUGAAGGCACGCAUAAUGCGACAGGUGUCGCUCGAGAUAGCAUAGUUCUCGAAGAUACUACCACAGACUCACAAAAUGUAGAUAAUGAAGACACUUAUUACGAAAAUAAUUCAUAUCCUGUAUAUUCCUUUGAUUUCUCAAAACCUUUAGAACUUGUCUGCUCGACUAAAGAAAUGUACUGUGAAACAGUUCAGGAUACUAUUAAAAAAUUAUUUCCAGAGACAUUGAAGGAUGAAUGGAAUCAAACAAAUGGCUGGGAGGAUAAUUUCUUUAAGGUGGCUAAAUGGUCACCCGAUGGAACAUGUAUAUUAACUUCUUCCAAUGACAAUAUACUACGAUUAUUUGAAUUACCUUUGAAUGUAUUUGAAUCGAUAGAAGAAAUUACAUUAAAUCCUGUAAUCCAGGCUCGAGUCGGGGAGACAAUUUACGAUUGCUGUUGGUAUCCGAUGAUGUCUAGUCAAGAACCCGAAACGUGUUGUUUUCUCUCUUCAAGUAGAGAUCAUCCUGUUCACUUAUGGGAUGCCUUUUCUGGAAAGAUACGAGCCUCAUAUACAAUGGUUGAUCAUCGUGAACAACUUAUCGGUCCAAAUUCAUUAGCAUUUAAUUUAGACGGUUCAAGGAUUUAUUGUGGUUAUAACAAUAUGAUUGAGAUAUUCGAUAGUGGUCGUCCAGGGCGAGAAGGAGAGAAACAUCCCACUACGCCAACGCGGAAGAGCAAGGAGGGUCAAAAGGGUGUGAUUUCUUGUAUAGCUUUUAAUCCCGACAAUUCCGGAUUAUAUGCCGCAGGGUCGUAUUCAAAAACUAUUGGACUCUACGAUGAAAAAAAUAACGAAUUAUUGUACCUUUUAAGAAAUCUAUAUAGCGGCGUUACACAGAUUAAAUUUUCACCGGAUGGUUAUUACCUAUUUUCAGCAUCUCGACGAGACAAUUUCAUUCACUGUUGGGAUAUUAGAAAUACUGGAGAUGUGCUUUUUAAGCUUGACCGAGUUGGUGAUACUAAUCAACGAUUGGCAUUUGAUAUUGAUUCUUCUGGAAGAUAUUUGAUUACUGGUGAUCAGAAUGGUAAAAUAUUGGUUUACAAUAUAUCUAAUCCUACUGAAAAUAAAGAAGAUAUUUCACGAUCGAUUGUAGAAUUUUCAGCACAUAACGCGACAAUGUUCCACCCUACAUUGCCGCUAAUUGUUUCCUGCUCUGGACAACGAAAAUUCAAUACAGAUGUUUUGGAUUAUAAUGGCAAUGAUUUUCAAGAAGGAAAAGAAACGUCACUACAAUCUCACGAUUUAAUUAUAUCAUCUGGAAAUGAAAAUGAUAAUGAGAACAAAAAACCAAAAUCUGAUAAUUCCCUCAAAAUAUGGAAAGUUGAAAGAAUCUCUGAGUGGUGUUAUCCUUCAUCUGUCGACGCUGCUUAUGACUUUUAG